GUCAGUCGGGUCGGCCGCGGAUACUGUGCACCUAACUGGGAGUUACGGUGUAACCCGGGGAGAGUUACCGUGUGUCCCGGCGAGGUCGCGCCGCGUCUGGGCGCAGUCACAGAACGGUCCGGGCAUGGCGCCGGGCGAGGAGCCUCUGCCCGCCGACACCAGUGGCGCCAACCUGACCCGCAGCCUGGAGAAGGCGCUGGACGAGGCAGCGGGCACUGGCAUCUUGAACCUCAGCAAUAGGAAGCUGCGGGAGUUCCCCCGGGCCGCCAGCAACUAUGACCUGUCCGACGUGAUCCAGGCCGACCUAUCGAAGAACAGGCUGUCGGAGGUCCCGGAUGAGGUGUGCCUGUAUGUAUCGCUGGAGAUUCUCAAUCUCUACCACAACUGUGUGCGGACCAUCCCUACCUCCAUCACCAACCUCCAGUCACUCACCUACCUCAAUGUCAGUCGCUGUCAGCUCUGUGCCUUGCCUGCGUACCUGUGCUGCUUACCCCUCAAGGUGCUCAUCGCCAGCAACAACAAACUCUCCUCGCUGCCCACCGACAUUGGCUGCUUCCGGCAGCUCAGGGAGCUGGACGUGAGCUGUAACGAGAUCCAGAGGCUCCCUCCGGAGAUCGGAAACCUGGAGUCACUGCGGGACCUGAACGUAAGAAGGAACCAGCUGGACCGACUGCCAGAGGAAAUUGCAGAGCUGCCCCUUGUUCGACUUGAUUUCUCCUGUAACAAGGUCACACACAUUCCUGUGUGUUACCGACACCUUCGGCACCUGCAGACUAUCUUACUAGACAACAAUCCGUUACAGUCCCCACCUGCACAGGUCUGCACUAAAGGAAAGAUCCAUAUAUUUAAAUACUUGAACAUCGAAGCAUGUAAAAUUGUGCCGGACCUGUCAGACUUGGAUCGAGCCAUGCGCCCCCCAGGUUUCAGCUCCAGCCUGUCGGACGAGCUUUGCCCCAGCCGCCAGCCCAGUGGCCUGGACUCGGGAUUCCACAGCGUGGACAGUGGCAGCAAGCGGUGGUCUGGCAAUGAGUUGACGGACGAGUUUUCGGACCUGUCCCUGCGGAUGGGGGAGUUUUCCCGGGAGCAAAGACUGCUGAGGGAGAGCCAGCCCGUCCGCCGCAUGGAAAAUGGCACAACAGGGGACCAGGACUUCGAACAAGUCGACUUCAUCAUCGACAGCAGUUUGAAUGGAGAGGGGGAGGAGGUGAGACGGGAUCAGUCCACCCCACGGAACUGCCACACGCGCACGCAGCAGGACCAGGACAAGGUGCUGAGCCGGAACAGCCCGGACAAAGGGCCGGGUGAGGAGUGGUCUGGAGCCCGGACCGAGGGGUCCCGGGACAGUGAGGAGCGGCGGAGACCAGAGACCCUGCAGAUCUGGCAGGAACGGGAGAAGCAGAACCAACACCGGCCAGCUGAGCGCCGGGACAGGGGGACAAGUAUCAGCUCCACGGGAAAACCGUCCACAGUUAGCCCAACAACACAGAGUGAACUCGGCAGCAGAACCAGCACUGGAGGCUUCAUCAGAACCAGCACGGGACCCCCAUCUCCACGGAAGGCUGAUUUGCAGUUACACACGGAUGCCGGGAGCCCGGUGACACCAGCCGCUCGACCAGAUGGUGAUCGAGCCCCCCAGCCCAGCUCUGACACCCCAGCCAGUGAGUCGGGAACCCUGCAUAAACCCAGCAGCUUCCUCUUCCGAUCGUCAACACGCACUAAUUUAAGGUCCAGCUCAGCCUUGAGCCCUGUCUCCCCGGUGAGCCCCACCCAGAUAUUUGCAGAGUCACCCCUGGACACGAAGCCAGCGGAGAGGUUGCGAAACACGGAACAGGCGGCACAUGAGGAGGAACAAAUCGCUCAGCUACGCAAGAGCAUCGAGUCACGGUUAAAACAAACACUGCCCGAGGACCUGGGAGAAGCAUUGAACAACGGUGUGAUGCUCUGUCAGUUGGUGAACCACCUCCGGCCUCGAUUCAUCUCCAUCAUUCAUAUUCCGUCCCCUGCGGUGCCAAAGCUGAGCCUGGCGAAGAGCAGGAGGAAUGUGGAGAGUUUUCUGGAAGCAUGCCGCAAGUUGGGAGUCCCCCAGGACAUACUCUGUGAGUCCCAGCACAUUCUGGAAGAGGACGGGCUGCUGCGGGUGGCGGAGACUGUGCGACACUUGGAGCUGGCGGCGCGGCGCAAACCGGUGCGGCUGGCAGAGGGAGAGUGAGGAGGCCGGCGGCGGAGUCUGGUACUGGCCCGGAGCACCCGACUAUAACGUUUAUGCCUUCCCCAUCAUCCACAUGAGACCUGACGUCCCGGGACAGCUCUCUCACAGACUUGGACACGCCAUUGACGGGAGACCGUUCAGUAAUCGAGUUCGUACUAUCUCUGCAAGAACAGUUCAUGUGCCCUCUCCCCAAGACACUGAAAGUGAGUUGAGAUGAUCACCCAGCUUUUCGCAAGUGAAUCUGCCCCACCACCCCCUCCAACCGGGACAGUUCACUUGCGGCGUUUAAAGGGAACAUUUCUGUCUCUCUCCGGGAACCUUCCGAAUUUAAUUCCUUGGCCGCUAGUUGUAACAUUAUUGUUGCCUUGACAACUUUGGACCAUAACCUGUCACAGGCACCCCUUUUAUAACACGCGCGUUUCUCGCUCUGUCAAAUCUCAGAAAAAGUCCUCGGCGGGAAAGUUGGACCACUUCUCCCUCUCCUCAGACAGACAUUACCGGGCCUGCUGCUUGCCGUACUUCCUUUCGGGAUUCCAGCAUCAACCGUGUUUUUCCGUUUCCAAUCAUCUCCCAGUCCGCGUCACCCCUCCUCCCACGGAAACAGUUGCUCUCGCAUCCAAAGUUUCCACGGGGUCCCCUCGUAUCCAGAGUCCUAAAAACAAACUCCAGUCACCCGGCAGGAGUAAUGUCCCCAUUCCUGGAAUUAUUUUGGUAAAUCUCUUCUGUGCUCUCCAAAGGCGUCACGUCCUUUCCCGGAACUAGCCACAGGGCUCUAUCUCCUUGUCUAGAGCUACUCCACAGUCUAGCCAGUGUGUGGACGGGUUCACUCUGUGCCCCUUCAUAAAACUAGGACACAGUCUACAUUUAGCCCCCACGUCCCUGUCUCAAGCUGCCUUCAGCGUCGAACAAACUCCCUCGCCCUUCCGUCACUAUCGCAACUGCUUUCUCCCUCUCUUCCCCCUCCCCAACACAUAUGGAACACCUGCCCCCUCCCGGGGGACUGUUCACGUCAGGCUACAUUCCUGUAACUGCAGUUGGGGUGGGGAUAGACCCCUCUCAGAGUGUCUGGACGAACAGUCCCUCUCACCCCCCCCCCCUCGACGUGAGGUUACAGUGACCGUUGGAGAACUGUCUGCUGUUCUCACGUCUGUGGGAUCUUGCUGGGUUCAAUUUGGCCUGUCAACCCUCCCGUCGGAGCCGCGAGGGGCUUACAGCCUGGCUUGGGGUGUAUGGUGCCGAAGAAUAAGGUCUGCUACCGGCGUGUGGCUCCACUGUGGGAGAUUCUGUUCCGCGCUAAGCUCCUGCCCGCCCAGAACUGCUUCGGAGGCGUCCCAACCUGGCGAACAAGAACUGCCGUCCGUGGUUGUUACGGAUUCGCACCGAUGGUGCUCACACUUCCCGGGCACUGAUCAUCCCUCCACAGUCUGCCCCUUCCCUCGCGGUCGGCGCAGAUCCUCCAACCACAUAAAUUACCGGUCAGGACUUCUUAUGUGGCUGACGCAACGAGCACUGUGACAGAUAAUUAUUCCCGCCCAAUGAAUCCUCUCUCAGUAACACACAUCAAAGUUGCUAGUGAACGCAGCAGGCCA